CCAGGGACGACUUCCUCCCGCAGCUCCUCAUUUCGGGUCCAUUGCUGCCGCCAGCCCGGACCUGGGUGGGUGGGUCAUGGAGCCCCCUCGGGGGCAGGAACCUCAGGCUCCGCAGGAGGUGGAAACAAGAGAAGAUGAAGAACAAAAUAUCAAGUUGACAGAAAUUUUGGAGCUCUUGGUUGCAGCUGGAUAUUUCAGGGCAAGAAUUAAAGGUUUAUCACCCUUUGACAAAGUUGUGGGAGGAAUGACUUGGUGUAUUACUACCUGCAAUUUUGAUAUAGAUGUCGACUUACUUUUUCAGGAAAACUCUACAAUAGGUCAAAAAAUUGCCCUGACAGAAAAAAUUGUAUCUGUUCUGCCAAGGAUGAAGUGCCCACACCGCCUGGAGCCUCAUCAGAUCCAGGGGCUGGAUUUUAUUCAUAUAUUUCCCGUUGUACAGUGGUUGGUGAAACGUGCCAUAGAAACCAGAGAAGAAAUGGGUGACUACAUUCGAUCCUAUUCCAUAUCUCAGUUUCAGAAAACCUAUAGUCUCCCUGAGGAUGAUGACUUCUUGCAAAGGAAAGAAAAAUCCAUCAAGACAGUUACUGAUAUAUUUGAUGUUUACAAGCCACGUCGGAAAUACAGGCGUCAGAAGGGAGCUGAAGAGCUUCUAGAUGAAGAAUCUCGAGUCCAUACUACACUUUUGGAAUAUGGCAGGCGAUACGGAUUAAGUAGACAAGAUAAAACAGAGAAGGCUGAGGACAAGAAAACGGCGUUGUCUUCAGGGUUCUCAGGGUCAGGAAAAUCCCUUGAUGAAGAUGAGCUUCAAGCUGCCGAAGAGCGCCAUAUUGAAACACUGAUGACUAAAAUGGCUGCUAUGGCAACAGAUGAGAGCCGACUGACCGCGAGUACUGUGGGACAGAUUGUUGGGCUUCGCUCUGAGGAGAUCAAGCAGAUUGUCUCCGAGUAUGCGGAAAAGGUACGUUCAGAGCUUUUGGCAGAAUCAAGUCCAGAAAAAUUGGGAGUGGCCCAGCAGCAUCGCCGAAAGGUCGCAUCUUUGAACAAGCAAAUUCAACAGAAAACCAAACUUCUAGAAGAGUUACAGGCCAAGUGUGCAGAUUUGCAAAUGAAAUAUGAUGAAGCAAAAACAAAACUGUCAGAAGUUAAGAGUUACAGCGAGAAACUGGACCAAGAAUUGGCAGCCCUCGAGAAAAUAGAAGCCCAGGCUGACCCAAGCAUCCUGCAGAAUUUAAGAGCACUUGUAGCUAUGAAUGAAAAUCUGAAAAGUCAGGAACAAGAAUUCAAAGCUCACUGUAGAGAAGAGAUGGCACGUCUACAGCAGAAUAUUGAAAGUUUAAAAUCCGACACAUCAGAAGAUGGAGAGGAAAAGGAACCCACCAGAAUUAUAGAGCAACAGUAUAAAACCGAAAAAGAAAAGCUUCAGAAAAUUCGUCUGUUACUGGCUCGAAGAAACCGAGAAAUAGCAAUUUUGCAACGCAAGAUUGAUGAAGUACCGAGCAGAGCUGAGUUAACACAGUAUCAGAAGAGAUUUAUUGAACUCUACAGUCAGGUGUCAGCAACCCACAAAGAAACCAAGCAGUUUUUUACUCUAUACAACACACUGGAUGAUAAGAAGGUUUAUUUGGAAAAAGAGAUUUCUUUGCUGAAUUCAAUUCAUGAAAACUUCCAACAAGCAAUGGCCUCCACUGCUGCUCGUGACCAAUUUUUGCGACAGAUGGAACAGAUUGUAGAUGGAAUUAAACAAAAUCGGAUGAAGUUGGAGAAGAAGAAGCAAGAGAACAAAAUGAGAAGAGACCAGUUAAAUGAUGAAUACCUGGAACUAUUAGAAAAACAGAGGCUAUACUUUAAGACCGUGAAAGAAUUCAAGGAGGAAUGCCGUAAGAAUGAAAUCCUGCUGUCCAAGGUGAAAUCUCAUGUUUCCUGAGAAAGCUCAUCAACUGGCAACCUUAAUUGAUUUCUCUAGCCUUGAGAUGGAUUACUACAUUAUGAAACAUGAUUGUUAGAGUCUAGAGAUGUCGACGGACUGCUUCAAAUACCCUGGAUUUUUUUUUUUUUUCUAUUUUGCUUCCUUUCAUUUCCCAUGCCAGGUGUUAAUGAUGGUCAUUCAGCACAAAGGGUAAAAUUAGAACAGCCCAUCCACAGAAUAAGAUGUAAUAUGACCAAUAUUUCUUUUUUUGUAUAGAUUUUUCUUUUACAUCCAAAAUAACAUUAUACAUAAUUAAGAUAUCAGGAAAAAUAUUUGCAUAAAGUCUCUAUAAAAUAAAAUUUAACUCAUUCA